AUCUAAGGUUACUGCCAUAUGAGUCUUUUCACAACGUUUUUCGUAUAGGAAUGUAAUUUACUAAAGUUUAGUGUUUUUUCUCAUUUUAAAUAUUUUCAUUCAUACAGAGUAACAAAAUGUCUAGAUUCUUGACUAGGUUUUUACAGAAUAAUUAUUUUAGGUAUUUCUCAGACAAGACUACUUUAACCAAGGGAGAAGAAGAAAUCAUAAGGAUUUUAAAGACAAAAUUUCCAAAGGCUUCUUUAGUGAAAGUGUCUGACAUAUCAGGGGGUUGUGGUGCUAUGUAUGAGGUGAACCUGGAGUCCACCGAUUUUAUUGGGAAGAACCGAGUCCAACAACAUAUGAUGGUAAAUGAGGCUUUAAAAGAAGAAAUCAAAGACAUGCAUGGUUUAAGAAUUUUCACAUCAGUUCCAAGUGACACACAGAGCUGAAUGGGUGUUGCUGUAGCAAGGUCAAGACCUCCUCUCAGUCGAAACUUCACUGUGUUAGUUAAUAUAUCAGUAAUAACAAGUAAACUGCUGAAGCAAUGUGAAAUCAAGAACCCUUCUCAGUCAAAAACUCACUGAGUUACUCAAUAUAUCAGACCAGAUAUAAUAAGGAAACUGUAAAAAUUGGAUAGUUUCUUAUAGUAUUAAAAUUCUGUAUAAGGCUAAGAGAUUUAAAACACAUAUAUCUAUAUAUACUAAUAAUGCUGUAUUAUAUUGUAUUAAAUAGGUUGAAUUAGGUUAAAAACUACAUUUAUGAAAGACAAAAUAUCUUACUUUACUGAUUUGGAACUUUGAGUAAGAAAUGUUUCAAUAUCAUGUGGAUAAAAAUUUAUAAUAAAAAUAAUAAUAAAUCUUAUGAAAGUUGACAAAAAUUUCACAAAGUGUAUAAAAGACCAGGCUUUAAAAAUAUUAGUAUUUACAUUGUUUUAAACAGUUAAGGAAAGAUCAGAGUUUUUCUGUAUUCAACCUUUGACAAAACUACUCUAAUUAUAUAAUGUCAAUCACAUCUCGAGUUCAUUUCUUUGAUAUGCAAAUGUAUACUAGAGAAAUUAAUUUCCAGAAAUGCUCACUUAGCAGCUGAAUAGAUAAUCAGGAAAUGUUUGUUAAUAAAGUUUAAUCACCUUGGACCUAACGAAGGCUGUUGCAUGCUUA